AAGUAAACACUCUGCGUUUCCCUUCGCUGACAGGGGCAACUUAAACCCAGAAUUGGAGAAUCCUGAGAUCCCAAACUCAAUACUAGUGGGCAAAAACCCUAGAAAACCUGAAACCCAUUUCAUAGGAUCAUUCAAAAUGAUCAGAAGAAGAUUGUUUUCUUCACUGCUUUCAUCAACCUUAAUCCUCAACACCAGAAUCAGCGCCAAACCCAUUUCUCACGCCCUAAUACCAUCUUUUCAGUUACUUCAAUCUCUACAAUGCCCAAAUCCUAACAAUUACAGUUCUAAUGGGGCAUUUUGGUUUGUGGGUAUUAGGGGUUAUAGCCUGUUGAGUUUAAAUGAUUUAAGGGACAAGGUGCCAAGGAAGCAGAAGACAAGGAAAGGACGUGGGAUUGGGUCUGGGAAGGGAAAGACUGCAGGGAGAGGUCACAAGGGUCAGAAGGCUCGAGGGACUAUGAAGUUUGGCUUUGAAGGUGGCCAGACACCCAUGCGCCGCCGGUUGCCAAAAAGAGGGUUUAAGAACCCCUUUAGCCUAACUUUUCAGCCAGUAGGGUUGGGAAAGAUUGCAAAACUUAUAAAUGAAGGAAAGAUAGAUUCACAUGAAUUAAUCACGAUGAAAACUCUCAAGGAUACUGGCGCCAUAGGAAAGCAGAUAAAAGAUGGAGUAAGAUUGAUGGGGCGUGGUGCUGAUCAGAUUAAAUGGCCUAUCCAUCUAGAGGUGUCACGAGUGACUGUUAGGGCAAAGCAAGCAGUUGAAGCAGCUGGAGGAUCUGUCAGACGAGUGCAUUACAACAAGCUGGGCUUCCGGGCAUUGCUGAAGCCAGAGUGGUUUGAAAAGAAGGGCAGGUUGUUGCCAAAACCAGCCAGGCCUCCACCAAAGCUGAAGGAUAAGGUUGACAGCAUUGGCCGCUUGCCUGCUCCAACCAAACCUAUUCCAUUUUAUGCUGAAGAAAAAGAAGCAGCUGCUACUGCUGCCUAGUUUAUCGGUGACCAUUAUGUUAUAGUUAUUUAACAAGUUGUAUUUUGAUUAUGAAUAACUUUAGAAGAGAUUUUGGUUCCUAUGCAAUUUUAGUUGCAGCUCAUGCUUUUCAUCAA